AUGAAUGAAUCCUAUAUUCUAGUGCCCGGCUUUGACUACCACCCCCAUUAUGCAAUCAACCCGGGAGAUAUCGUCGCUGACUGGCGAGAACCAACUAAGACCCUCAGCAACCCCACGAAGCCUGCCAUACUCGCAUUACACACAGACGUCGAGGGCAUGUUGAAGAGUGAUGACGAGUUGACCACACUCCACGGGCAACUUUGGACGAGAUUCAUGCGCUUCGCUGAUACCGCUGUCGGUGGUGGAGGCACUGUGCUUGACCCUGCGAAUCACUUCUACGAGCGGCUGGACACCAUCCAUCUACACGAUUACCCUACCAAUGAGGAGGCCACUGAGCGCAGCUUACAUCCGGAAGUACAGAGUGUGAUGCGAAGCGGGUUUGGCUGGACGUCAGUGUUCAUGAUCACGGGCAUCAAGGUUGCCGAGGGGUUCACGAUGAGAAGGCCUUCUCUCGAGAGCCGGGAGACGAAGGCGACAAUAACAGCAAGGCUUCUUGGCACGGAAGCAGGCCCGACCCUUGAGGCUGAGGCAAUCAUUGGUGGACAUGAGCCGGCGGUGGAGGAGUGGCAACCGCCUACCGACAUCGUUUACGCCUAUGAGGUUAGCACGGUCCACUUCGAGGAGUGUCUCUCGGGGCCCUGCCAGAUUCAUCCCCACGUUCCUAGGGCCGCGGCCGCUUUGCUGCGUGAUAAGAAAGGGGAACAGAGGACCGAGGCAGCGGACGACUACGCGGCGUACCUGAAAACCUUGCGGGAGAGGGCAGCAGAUGUAUUCUUGGCCGAGCAGGAGGGCUUGAGGAACAUGAACGGGGAAAUGGAUGUAGAGGUUGUGGAGUUGACGGAUGGAACAGAGAAGUGCGAUGUGGUCAUGUUCAACACCGUGCCUAGGUAG